CACACACACAGACAGAACACAGCAGAGAAACCACUCACAAGUCAGACCCAAAAGCCAAAAAAACCCACUCCCCAGCUAAAAUACCGAGCGUUUUCACAACCAGAGAACAUACUUCUCUCUCUUUCUUUCUUUUAAGACAGUACCAAAUUAUAAAACAAAGAAGAAAAACCAUUUACAAAAACACUAAUUCUUGGAACCCCAAAUCCACUUUCCGGGUUAUCGGGCUCCGGAUCUGCCACCCAUUUCCCCAACACCCACCACCACCACUUUUUCUCGGCCUCCCCAACCCCAUAUAGCCCCACCUUUAAUUUCAUCACUUCACAAACUUCCCUCCCAAACCCACAUAGCAAAAACACACAACCUAGUAAAUAUACCAAAGCCUUGCAAAACCUACUGUUUCUGACAGGCUUAUAGAGUAUAAGAGUAGCGUUGGUUGGAAUUCUCUUUCUUUUUGUGGGUGAUAAUACUGAUAGAUAUUAUGGCGGGCAAUCCGCCAGAGGGCUUAGGUGAUGAUUUCUUUGAGCAGAUCUUGGCUGUGCAGCCUACUUAUACAACCAGUGAAGCAGCAGCAGUAGCUGGGUAUGGAGGUGGAGAAGUGGGGUCCAUGCCCAUGGUUUUGCAGUUGGGGUCUGGUGGUGGUGGUGGUGGUGGUGGUGGAGGUGGAGGUGGAGAUGGUGGUGGUGGGAGUGGUGGUGGUGGUGGCGGUGGCGGGUUGAGAGGGAUGAACUUAGGGAUGGGUAUGGCACCACCUUUGGGGUUGAACUUAGAGCAACAACAACAGCAUGGUGGGUUUUUGAGGCAGGAGAGGUUUAGAGAAGAGGUUGUUGAUGGUAAUCAUAGUAACAGUCAUAUUAAUAAUGGUUCUUCUUCUUCUGCUACUCAUGGAAUCAAUGAAAGAGAUUCGGUGCACAUGACAAGUUUGUUUCCUGCGUUUGGACAAAUGCAAGCUCAGUCACUCCGGCCAACAGCACCACCUCCAUCCCAACUACACCAGUUCCAUAGCCAACCAACACAUGGGCCGGGUGUUGCUGCACCACAUCCACCUGGAAUCCGCCCAAGGGUGCGUGCAAGACGAGGGCAAGCCACAGAUCCCCACAGUAUUGCUGAACGGUUACGUCGGGAAAGAAUUGCGGAAAGAAUGAAGGCUUUGCAAGAAUUGGUUCCCAGUGCCAACAAAACGGAUAGGGCAGCAAUGCUCGACGAAAUUGUGGACUAUGUGAAGUUUCUAAGGCUCCAAGUCAAGGUUUUGAGCAUGAGUCGAUUGGGUGGAGCCGGUGCAGUAGCUCAGCUUGUAGCUGAUGUACCCCUUUCAUCAGUUGAGGGUGAGGGCAUUGAAGGUGGAACAAAUCAACAAGCUUGGGAUAAGUGGUCAAAUGAUGGCACAGAACAGCAAGUAGCAAAGCUGAUGGAAGAAGAUGUAGGAGCUGCCAUGCAAUUCCUUCAGUCCAAGGCUCUCUGCAUCAUGCCUAUAUCGCUUGCUUCUGCAAUUUUUCGGACACAUCAACCGGAUGCACCAACACUUGUUAAGCCCGAAUCAAACACCCCUUCAUAGACCCCAACAACAAUGUGCAAUUGCAUGUGCCCGUCUUUGACUUCCAGUGUGCCUCUGGGUCCCAAAUUCCUGUAUUAGUCCAGCUUUUACUCAUCACAAUGAGUAUUUUAUAGUGUAGAUUCUAACUCCUUGAUGGAGAAACAAUCAGGUCAGAGUAACUGUUCAUUCUUUUUCCCAGUUUCGUCAAACUAGGAGUGCUUCUCAUGCCUGGAAGAAAAAACCCGAGGCACUUGAUGUCCUUGCCAUAGUCAAGUCCAGGAAGGAGUUUUCCAAAGCUGAAUGGAUGUGCUCCUCUUCUAGUAUCAGUGGUGGGGUUAGUGGUUGAUGACCAAAAUAUUGGUGGUAGUGACUCCUUUAUUUCUUUUUUGGAUAAUGGGUUGUGGGGCAUUUAAAAGGGACAGAUGGGUAUGUGUAUGAUGUAUUUAGAGAAAUUUUUAAUGCAAGUUGAAAUAGAUUUGGUUGAUUGUCUC